AUGAUUGUACAAAGAGUGGUAUUGAAUUCCCGACCUGGGAAAAAUGGUAAUCCAGUGGCAGAAAAUUUCCGAGUAGAAGAAAUCAGUUUACCAGAUCAUAUCAAUGAAGGACAAGUACAAGCCAGAACUCUUUAUCUUUCUGUGGAUCCUUACAUGGUAGACCCGCAACUCGUGAAUGGACAUCUUUCAUAUUUUCUUGGAGCUAUUGGUAUGCCUGGCUUAACUUCCUUGUUUGGGAUACAGGAAAAAGGUCAUAUAACUCCUGGAUCUAAUCAGACAAUGGUUGUUAGUGGGGCUGCUGGUGCUUGUGGAUCCUUGGCUGGACAGAUUGGUCACUUGAUGGGCUGUUCCCGAGUGGUGGGAAUUUGUGGAACACAAGAGAAGUGCCUCCUUUUGACCUCAGAACUGGGCUUUGAUGCUGCUAUUAAUUAUAAAAAAGAUAACGUAGCAGAACAGCUCCGGAAACUAUGCCCAUCUGGUGUGGAUGUUUACUUUGACAAUGUUGGCGGUGACAUAAGUAAUACAGUGAUAAGUCAGAUGAAUAAGAACAGUCACAUCAUCCUGUGUGGUCAAAUUUCUCAGUACAACAAAGAUGUGCCUUAUCCUCCUCCACUACCUCCUGCUGUAGAGGCAAUCCAGAAAGAAAGAAACAUUGCAAGAGAAAGAUUUAUGGUGUUAAAUUAUAAGGACAAAUUUGAGUCUGGUAUUCUACAGCUAAGUCAAUGGUUUAAAGAAGGAAAGCUAAAGAUUAAAGAAACUAUGACAAAUGGAUUAGAAAACAUGGGAGCUGCAUUCGUGUCCAUGAUGACAGGAGGUAAUAUUGGAAAGCAGAUAGUGUGCAUUUCAGAAGAAACCUCUUUGCAGUCUCUAUAA